CUGUCUUCCCGUCGUAGCACUCCACGUUGUAGGUGGUGUUGAAACCAUUGAAGCCGCCCACCACGAAUAGCAGGUCAUCCACCACGGCGAUGCCAAAGUUGCUGCGCGGGUUGAACAUGGUGGGCAAGGCGCGCCAAGUGUUGUCCAGUGGGUUGUAGACCGCUGCGGUCUUCAGACGGUUGGCGCCAUCAAAGCCUCCAACCUAGGGUAGAACAAUCUAACUGGUAGUUUUACACCGCAAUCAAUCUCACUGAGGAGCUGAGCACCAUCGUCUCCAAAGGCCAUCUCAGUGUUCCAGAUCCCAGAGCUGGCCAAGGCCUCUGUGCUGAUGAGGGACCGCAGCAGAGUGGAGGAGACCAUACAGGCCAUGCAACGAGCCGGGCCAGAUGCCCUCCAGGUGAUCUCGGACUUUGACAUGACCCUCAGCAGAUUUGCCCACAACGGGAAGAGGUGCCCCACCACUCACAAUAUCCUGGAUAACGACUUGCUCAUCAAUGACGCCUGUAAGAAAAUGAUUAGGCAGUUGUUGAAUACCUACUACCCCAUUGAGAUCGACGCAACUCGCACCGUUGAGGAGAAGCUUCCCCACAUGGUGGAGUGGUGGACCAGUGUCCAUGAGCUGCUGAUCCAACAGAAGAUCAGGAGGGACCUGCUGGCUCAGGCAGUGAAGCAGUCCAGUGCCAUGCUCAGGGAGGGCUACAAGGUGUUCUUCGACCGGCUGCAGGAGCAGCAGGUUCCUCUGUUGAUCUUCUCGGCUGGCUUGGGGGACAUCCUGGAGGAAGUGAUCAGACAGAACCACGUCUUCCACCCCAACGUCCACGUCAUCUCCAACUACAUGGACUUUGACCAGAGUGGUGUACUGCGGGCGUUCAAAGGCCAGUUGAUCCACACAUUCAACAAGCGAGAGGGCGCUCUGCUCCAUGCGGCCCACUUCAGGGAGCUCCAGGAACGGCCCAACGUGCUACUGCUAGGGGACUCUCUGGGAGACCUCACCAUGGCCGAUGGGGUGGCCCACACUCAGCACGCCCUCACCAUAGGCUUCCUCAAUGACCAGGUGGAGGAGAGGAAAGAGUCAUUCGUCAACUCAUACGACAUCGUCCUGGUCAAGGAUGAAACCAUGGACGUCCCCAACGCCAUCCUCAACUACAUCACCACUGCGCCGGCCAAGUGAACCGCCGCGAGGACGCAACAAAUCGUGGGCCAAAAGUUUUAACCUAGGGUCAGGUUACUUCCUGUUUGCACAGGCGUCAGGAAUCAACCGCCAUGAUGGCCGACAUCACAAAGAGAGGAAGUUGACCCUUUGUUGACCUUUACAGAGCUGCAUGGACCACAAUUAUUAUAGCGCCACAAUAAUCCUCAGGCACCUUCAAACCAAUUCAACACCUCAGUGACAUUAUUUGAAAUGAAACCACCUUGUUUCAUGUGUGGGGUUGGUGCUGCAAAUCCCAUCCACUGAAGCCCCUUGAUUGUGUUAACCUAGUGUUUGUACCUAUUUACUGUAUGUUUCUAUGGCGUCUCUACUCUAAGGACGAGCAGCUCCUUCCAUUUGGGGAAGUGGUUGAUUUUGUAACUUUAACUUAAAGGCCAGUAUUCUGAUCGCCCUUUUAAAGGUAAUUUCCGAUUGAGCCGACAUAUGCGUCAUUUACCGUGAACGCGGUCUUCGCAAACAUUGCCUUUAAAAAAGGUACCUAACCGACUAAGCACGGUUAUGGGAGAAUGUUAUGACGUUAUUCAUUUUAUUUUCCAAGGCACAGGGCUAUGUAACGAGCAUCCACUGUAUAAGCUGCUGUAUCGCCCAGUAAGUAUUAACAUGUGUGAAAGAGUUGAUCAGUGAUAGUGUGUGUGUGUGUAUAUGAGACUAGUCUUAAUCUAAAUGUAUUCAUUUGUGUAUAUCGAUACCCAUCCUCUAAUUUGUGAGGCGCAAUUAUUUUGUGAUUGUCAAGUGUGGAUUCUGCCCUAUGCAUAUUUGGUUGAACAAGUACUGUAACAGAUGAAAUGGUUACCUCACGAGUCACUCUGUGGGAGUUCAGUAGAACAUUGUCAGUGGAAAAUGCUUAUGCUGCUAGAAAAGCUUUCCUUGACAAUUAAAGGGAUAGUUAAUGCAAAUUAUGACAUUUGGGAGAAAUGUCCCUUUAACCACUAUUUUGCACAGAGGUAUUGGUUUCCUUGUAGGUAGAUACUUUUAAACUAGAUGUCUAUAUAAGCUGAGAUUUCCCGGCAUCCUAAAACAAUAUUGAAGAAUAGUGCUUUUGAACUAUGAUUCACAUUUCCAUUGUAUGUUUUGCCUGUAUUUAACCAGGUAUGUCGUUGAGAACACUUGUCUUUUGCAUUAUCAACGUACUAUCUCAAGACCCAAUGAAGGGUGAAGACAGUUGUGAACAAAACAAAUGUGUUAUUUUGUGGUUUUCUGUUUUUUAAUCCACAUUUUAAAUACUUUCCAAUACUG